GGCUCACAUCGACAAGUCGUCAAAAACAUGCAUGAAAUCAUCGCCUUCAUCAGUCGUAGUGUGGAGAAUCACCGUGAGACCCUGGACUACACUGCUCCCAGGGACUUCAUUGACACCUUCCUGAUCCGAAUGGACAAAGAAAAGUCUGACCCCAAUACCUACUUUGAUCAGAAGCAGCUCGUCAUCAGUGCAUUCGCACUCUUAUUUGCUGGCACAGAAACCACCAGCACCACGCUCCGUUCUGCAUGCCUGCUCAUGCUCAAGUACCCUGAUGUUGCAGGUGGGCAGAAUGGGGCCUCUUGAGAAA